GAGGGUAGGCCGUAGUGACCAUUUGGGGCAACAGGGCUUUUCCUGUGUCCUUAAGUGUGUAAUUCACACAAACGGCCUUACUAAACAUUGUAAAGGAGUGUAUGAAUACGAAGGUGUGAAAGGACUAUGCCAUGUCAGAAACUCAAGGACAUUGAAUCUACCUCUGCUUUGUGAUUGGCCCUGGCCUCUUACCCCAAACACAUCCACAAGCAAGUUUGAAAUCCCUCAGAAGGUGGAGGAGACAGCACGUGGUCCUCGCCCGCCCCAUCGCGCCAUGAAGCUGCAGGCGGUGAUGGAGACGCUUCAUCGCCAGCAGCGGGCUCGGUUGCAGCAGGAGCUGGAAGCCCGGCAGCUUCAGCAGGAUUCAGUGGGUGCUCGUACACCGCCUGCUGUGGGCUACACUGGUAAUGGCACAGAAGAAAAUGAGCCAGAAGCCUUGAAAAUACAGCGGGCACAAGCAGCAGCCCUGGCUGCCAUGAGGGCAGCUGCUGCAGGACUCAGCCAGCAGCCGAGCCCAGCUGCCUCUGAUGAGGAAGAGGAUGGUGAGAGCAUGGCUUCAGAAGAUGAUGAGAGAGAAAGGGAUCGGGAAAGUGAACAGUACCAGGACAUGGGAUCAGAGGAGGAACUGAAGGGGAAAUGGGAUGAGGAUGACUUUGAGGAGGAGGAAGGAGAGGAGGAAGAUUAUGAUGACAUGGAAGAGGGUAGUAUAGGUGCAGGGGAGGCGGGCAGGCCAGGCAAGGGUUCCUUACUGCCUUCUAAGCACCCUGCCCAGCAAGGCUUUCCAUCCCAGCGCCUAGCAGGGGGAGCAGAGCGUUCAGGAAUCCCACAAGCCACACACCCUCAAAUGCAAGACCACGGUGACUGGACAUAUGAAGAGCAGUUUAAACAGCUUUAUGAAUUGGAUGGGGACCCCAAAAGAAAAGAAUUUCUGGAUGACUUGUUCAGUUUCAUGCAGAAGAGAGGGACCCCUGUGAAUAGAAUCCCCAUCAUGGCUAAGCAGGUCCUGGACCUCUAUAUGUUAUAUGUCCUGGUGACCGAGAAAGGAGGUUUGGUGGAAGUUAUCAAUAAGAAACUAUGGCGAGAAAUCACCAAAGGCCUCAAUUUGCCUACCUCAAUCACCAGUGCAGCCUUCACCCUGAGAACACAAUAUAUGAAGUAUUUGUAUCCCUACGAAUGUGAGAAGCGUGGCCUUAGUAAUCCCAAUGAACUGCAGGCUGCCAUAGACAGUAAUCGCCGGGAAGGUCGCAGACAGAGUUUUGGGGGCUCCUUGUUCACUUACUCACCCAGUGGAGCUCCAAAUUUGCUUUCACCCCCAAAGAUGCAAGUGUCAGCCAUGGCAAUUGGUACUGCUGCAACAAAUGGUAGCUCCCUACCUCAAAUGCACAAGAUAAAGAAAGAGGAGGACUCUCCAAUCUCCUUGACAGGACCCCCAAGGAUCCCUGUCAACUUGGCUGGACACUCCAUGGUGGCUGCCCAGGUUGCUGCCCAGGCAGCAGCACUGGAGCAGCUCAGAGAAAAGCUGGAAUCUGGUGAGCCCCCGGAGAAGAAGAUGGCUCUUGGAACAGAGGAACAACAACGACUGAUGCAGAGAGCUAUCCAGCACAAUCUCCUUGCAAUGACUGCACAGCUUCCAAUGAAUAUCCGCAUCAACAGCCAAGCUGAGGGAAGGCAAGACUCUGCUGUAAACCUCACUACCAAUGGCACUAACAGUAUUAGCAUGUCUGUGGAGCUUAAUGGCAUUGUGUAUACAGGAGUACUCUUCGCUCAACCUUCUACCUCAGUGUCUGCUACCAGCAAAGGAACCUCCAACCGGACAACCAGUGUGGGAGGGGUCAGCAGCAUCUCACAGGCUUCGUUGCCCACGCAUCCGGCUCCAACUUCCAACAGCUCAUCACCUUGACAUGGAGCUGCCAUAGUUUCACACAGCUGACGCCAAAAAAUUAUGGAAUUGUUCUGUGUUUCACACUCAGGUUUAUUACUCCUCAUCAAUGGGAGCUCCCGGAACAGAGUGCAGGGGCUGGAGGGGGUCCGGCUGAGCCAUUAUAGGGUCAGAAAUGAUCCUUUAACUCUCCAUGAAUAAUAUACCUCACUUCUUGCACUGUAAAUACAUAUGAUGUGUGUAUGUUAUAUUUUCCAAUAUAAUGUAUAUUCAGUACCUCCAGGUUCAAAAAAACCCGUCUAAACCUCCUCAGCCCCACUCUGCGCUCUGGAAACCACCCACCCACAUCCUUUUUUUUUUUUUUUUUU